CCCAAAGAAUGCGGACAAACAAAUCCAAGCCGUAGGACCGUAGAGGGUUUAAAGUCCCCGCUGCGACAUAAUUUACACAACACUUGUCUCAUUCAGCAUUAGAAAAAAAUAGACGAUACAAUGUACGUUUGGACAAGCUGGAUUUCGUUUUUUCUUUUGUGCAACUUUGUGCAUGACACCUAUGGUCAUGUUGCUCUCAGCUUUCCACCCGCUAGGAAAUAUGCGCUCGAUUUUUUGGAUAAUCUGAGAACGACAGGCCCUUGUGGAAUUCCAAAAGGAUUUGGUCCUACGACAUCACUCAUUACUGGGUCUAAGAUCAACAUUAGCUGGGACACGCCCUACCCACACCAAGGAGGUUAUCAGCUGAACCUACUGAAUGACAACGAGGAACCUAUCUAUAAUCUGACCGCCGGAGACGAUUUCAUCGGAUCAUCGGACCCCACACGGCGGUACCAUGAAGUGACGCUACCGUUGGAGGAGUGUAGAAACUGUUCCAUACAGCUGCUCAGACAGGCGGGAGAAUGGAGCGCGGGAAACUGUGGCCAGUAUAUUUUCUGGUCAUGCGCAGAUGUCAAUUUAGUUCAGACUGCCCCAGGUAGUGACCUAUGUAAUGGUUUUCCACUGGAAAAUGGAGAAUGUGUAUGUAAAAAACCUUACCGGGGACCAAAGUGUCAAUAUAAAGAUGAUUGUGAAACAGACGGGGAUUGCUCUGGACAUGGAGAGUGCUCGACUUCUGAAGACUUUUAUCAGAAAAAAUACUGCUUCUGUGACAUUGGGUACUUUGGCAAAAAUUGUGAAAGAGAAUCUUCGAUUAAAUCUUUCAAUCUUGACCUGAGUAAAUACACACACACCGAUUUCUCUUCUAGAUUCCAGCUCUUACACAGAAUUCUGCAUCGUGAGGAAGAAAUAGAAGUUGUCUUGAAAGUGAAAACUGACACAUGGGUAGGAAUCGGCUGGAAACCAACAAAUUUCAGAUCAGGUUGUCAACAUUUUCCGUAUCUUCCUGGCUACUCUCCUGGAGCAAACGAUUCCAACAGUACAGCGGAACCGGAAGUUACGUCAGAACCAGAAGUCACACCAGAACCAACUUCCUGUCAAGGCAGUCAUAAAUCAUGUGACCAAGCCAGCUGUCCAUAUGAACUCACUUGGAUUCAGUAUCCUGCUACAGAUGACGUCACGUUUACAAUGACUGCAGAUGUCCCAGAAACUCAAUGGUUGGCUCUUGGGUUUUCAGAUGAUCAAAAAAUGGCAAACACUGACGUGUAUCUAGGCUGGGUGGAUUCAUCAAGUAAAGUGGUGCUUACAGACAGAUUUGCAAGGACCUAUUCAGAACCAAUCAUAGAUGCAACCCAGAAUGUGUACAAUGUUUCCGGAAGUCGAGUAGGCGGGAAGACUUCAGUUACAUUUACUCGAAAACUAGUCACUGGUGACGAUGCCGACUUUUCUCUUUCUGAUGGGAACUGCUGGCAUUACAUCAUGGCAUGGGGAGGAUCUUAUGAUUCAAGCACAGGAAAAGCUAGCUACCAUCAGCAUAAAGUGGUGUCAACUGAAAAGAUUUGUCUGAAAACCUGUGAAUCAAAGACAACAGCUGAACCUGAGUCAACGGCUGAACCUGAGUCAACAGCUGAACCUGAAUCAACAGCUGAACCUGAAUCAACAGCUGAACCUGAAUCAACAGCUGAACCUGAAUCAACAGCUGAACCUGAAUCUACAGCUGAACCUGAGUCAACAGCUGAACCUGAGUCAACAGCUGAACCUGAAUCAACAGGUGAACCAGAACCCUCUGGAAACUGUGGAAGAGGAGUCUUUGCUGGAAAUAGUGACACAACCGGAAACAAUCCCCAUCCAAUGGACUGCACCGACAUGAUUAUUGGCGCUGCCCGAGGCAUGCGUAGUCGCAUUGGGGACUAUUACACACGGGGAAGGUCCACCCCACAGAGAGAUGAAUUUUACGGGGGCGCAGAAAGUCUGACCGCUGCUGGGGGGUUUGAGCGAGAUGGGUAUACACACAUUAUUUUCCGGAGGAAACUUAGAGCCACCGAGAGGACAGAUUAUAACAUAAGCGAUAAUUUUAUGAGUGUGAUCUGGGCACAGGGACAAGACAAGGGGAAUUAUAUUCAUAAUCCCAAAACAGGGAUAGAUGUUGUUUCUACAGCAUCAGACCCUGACUUCUACAAGCAGGAUGAACUAAAAUACCACGGCCAUUCUGAUCAUAGGGGGGCCAGGACCAUGAACUUUUUUGACGGCAACAGGGAAAAUACGCAGCCUCCUUCUAGUUGCAAUCAAUGGGGAAGAUGUUUAGGAAAUAAUGACGUCAACUGCUUCUUGGUCACGUGGACAUAUGACACCAACCAGAUUACGUUUUCAAUAAAAGCCUACCUAGAAAGGAAUCAAUGGGUUGGGAUAGGGUUCAACAAAAAUCAGGCUAUGGCUGGGUCUGAUGUUAUUGUGGGGUGGAUGAGAGAAAAUGGUGAAACUGUUAUUCAGGACAGAAAAAACACCGGCUAUUCGGAACCUCCACUAGAUGCUCAACAAGAUGUUACUUUGAUAUCGAGCUCAAGAGAAGAUUCCAUCACGACCUUGAACUUCAGUCGACCUUUGGCGUCAAAUGACCCCAACGAUGUCUCUCUGUCAUACAACUGUGCCUAUUUCAUCUUUGCAAAAGGGGGAACCUACACGAGUAGCAAUGGAAUAACGAAGCAUGACAGCACUCCAAUCAUAUCAAACAAAGCAAUCUGUAUCCCGGACAAUACCCCGUGUAUUGACGAGACCAGUUCGACAUCCACCACACAAGCACCAGUUCAGAGAACGGAAGUUCGGGCCGAGUUCAGAAUAACUAACACUGCAUGGAACCCUAAACUGGCGGACACGACGAGUACAGAGUACACGUCACUGGAGGGACAACUACACAGGGCUCUGGUCAGUCUCUUCAGCACAAUAUCAGGAUUUUUGGACGUAAAGAUAAUAAAAUUCAGGCCCGGUAGUGUGAUAGUGGAGUAUGACAUCAUUAUGGCGGGAGAUCAGCAGACCGUAUCACGUGGGACGACUGAUUCGAUAGAGAGGCUGAAAGCCCAGAGUCAGCUGGAUACAUUCACACUGGAUAAAGAUAGUGUGAAAUUGGUCCAACCGAAGCCAGUGGAGGAAGAUAAGACACUUCCGGUUCCUUUAAUCAUCAUUAUCGUGGUAUCGGCCGCCUUAGUCCUCCUCAUCCUUAUUCUCGGCAUUGGUAACUGUGUCAGGUCUCAUCAUGAGAAACAGAAAGAAAAUGAUUAUAAACAACAAAUAAUUCCUAAGAAUCAAGACGCUGCACCAACGUUAACGUAUGACGAAUGGUCGAGACAACGGCAGUAUGACAAUCCUUCCUUUACCAAUGGCUACAGUGACGAAGGCAGUAAAACAAAGGAGGAGUUGAGUAAAAACCCAAAUCAACGGAAAGAAACCGGUUCCUUCAUCAGACCUUACGUAGCAUAGCCAUUUACUUUACGCACAAACCAACGCAAUACUAUUUACUCUGUGCUUUUGUUUCUGAAAAGUAUAUUCCUGCAUUAUGUAGAUAUAAAAUUAUCUAUGAGCUCUGUAAUUAUUGAAAUACUGUAUACGAGACGUGAUAAUUGUGAAGCAAGAACACUUUUUUUUUUUCAUAGUUACGUCCAAAACGCAUACAUACAUGUAUAUGUGCUUUUAUAACUAUUAUAUAUAAUUUUUCUGUGUGUGCCAUAUGGUAGUCAUGUAUCAUUAUUUUUGUUAAUAGAUUAUUCAUUGGCUUUAGAUUUUAUGGAAAUAUAUAUUCAACAGCAUAAUAUAAAUAUAUCAGGGUAUUUUUAAUUCGUCGUACAUAUUCUAAUUUAUUUUCUACCAGAAAUAAUUGUCAUGGACUUUAUCUGUCAUGGCUUGCUGGACAAGUCAAUGUUUAAUGGAAUAGAAGGGUGUAUAGACUCUUCUUUUCUGCAAGUGUAACUCUAAAUAGAGUUUUAUUUCAUGGCAUUCUAUGUUUCUCAUUUUGUAUUUUUCAAAAUUUAUUUUGAUAUUAAAUAUGUAUUCAACUA